AGUAUUUUUCUAUAGAUUUUACAGUAUUUUUUACUUUUCUGAUCACAGUCACACUCUGUCUCUUGACAAUGCCGCUUGGAAACGCUGGGCGAAUUGCUGUUUGUUGGGGAAUUUUAACUGUUGGUGGAGUAUAUGCAUUUGUACUUUCAAAAAGAUCUGUGGACAACCGCCGAUUCGAAACAUUACGUGUGCGGGACCGCAUGAAAAAAGCUAAUCAAGGCGAAUACGAUCACACUAUUUCUAGCAGGCGUUUCGACUAA